CGUUUGACGAUUUGCAGAGUUAGCAAAAAGCAAUGGUGUUCAUAUUGCAAUAAUUGUAACGUAAUCAAAAAAUAACGUAUUUAUAAGUUAUGAUUCAUACCAUUUAUGUCAGAUUAUGAAAGUUGAGGACAAUGUGCCAGCUACAAAUAGUGCCAUGUCAUUAUUAUUAUUACUAUUUGUUUCAUUCAUACAUGUGAUAUACUGCCAAUUUUUGCAUCGUGUUUACAAACAUUCAAUUUUUUUUAAUCGUUCAAAAGGUUACUUGAUAACGUUUAUCUGCAUUUAUAUAAAUCGGCUUCUUCAUCGAGCAGCGAAUGCAAAGAAAUUCAGUAGUUGAAUAUUAUUCCUCAAUCUAGGCAGCCCAGACUAGGCUCAUUGCAGAACCAAGCGAACGUGUCGAGAAAAUAAAUUAAUUGAUUUGGAAUAUUCAUAGUUUGCGUUGAUGUCAAAAGUAUCAAAUUUUAUCGGGAUGUCGUUUCCAAACGAACAAAAUUCCAUCCAAAGUAAAGAUACCAGUCAAAAUGUUCCCAUUCGGACAUUGUUUGUUGCUCUAAUUGAAGAACAUAUAACCGAAGACAUGGUCCGAAAAUAUUUCAGUAUUUUUGGUGAUGUGGAAUUGGUGGAAAUACAUUAUAAUAGAUACAACAAGUUUGGAUCUGGUUUCGUGCAAUUCAAAGAUGAUGCAGUAUGUGUCUUGAAUCACAGGAGAGAACAUUGCAUUGAAGGAUGUCAUUUUAGUGUUAGAGCAGCUGAUAUGUUGUGUCAACCAGAUUUUCAACGGUCUUUUGGUCCAAUACCCGAACAAGAUUCUGCAUCACACAUUCUCGUUGCACUGAACGAUGACUGUUUACAUGAAGUAUUCAAAUAUUUGAAUACAAUUGAACUGUCAUGUGCGGCCGAGGUUUGUGUUCGAUUCAAUCAAGAGGCGAAAAUUACAUUUGCACGAAAAUACAGGAAUUUGGACAUAACAUACGGUAGUUCUCUCACAAAACGAACCGCUGAGUGUUUAUUUCACAACUUCGGAUCGCUGAUUCAUUCGUUGAGUGUUAAUGCCCGGCUAUUGGAAUCACAAUCGGAUUUCCUGGCUUUGGUCAGCGUUCAGUGUACACGAUUGAAAGAACUAAGACUAACAUAUUUUAAUAUAGAUUUCGUUGAACAAAGUGAUUUGCGAAACAAAGUGCGACCAUUGUUCCGCUUGUUACAAAAGCUUCAUUUAACAAACUAUCCUAAUUUGGAAGAUAUGCAAAAAUUUCUGACAACAUGCAAUGAACUAAAAGUGCUACGCAUCGAAUAUUGCCACAUUGGUGAGGGUAAUUGUCUCAAACAAAAAAUCGGAAAAUUAGAGGAGUUUUAUUUUUCUAAUAACAAAUGUUUUGGCUGUGUUGAAAAUGCAUUGAAUCGAUUCAUUGCUAAUAAUUCAUCUUUGUUGAAGUUAUCUAUAACGUGUAAUAAUUUCUGCAGCUUGGUGGAGACUGGUCGUCUGAUUAGGCAGCAUUUACCAGAUUUAUUGGAGCUAGAAUUUGAUGAAUACUGUCGAAAUGAUUUCUUACAAGACAUAAGCCAAGUCAACUCCUUACGAGUGUUGAAAAUUAAUUUGAAGCAGGGAACGGCCACAGAACUUAUGAAAUAUUUGAUCGAGAAUGAAACACCGAUUGAACAUCUCCAACUUUAUGGUACAAAGAUUGAUGACGAAGUGAUCGAACACAUUUCGCAGAUGAAACCACUCAAGAUUAUGGAUUUAUCUCGUAUUAAAAUCAAUAUUAUUACUUUGAAGAAGUGGUUACUUAAUGCACAACAAUUGUCACUUUUAAAGUUGGCGUUAUGCUAUCGAGAUACUAUCGAUAUAGAUAAUUACAAUGAAAUUCUCAAUGCGAUUAAAAGUCGACGAGAAAAAUUCAAACUUUCGAUUGAAAUUACGAAUUGCGUGGUCGAUGUUCCAAAUGAAAUAUUGGUAGCAAAUCAGGAAAUAUUCCACAUUAAAAUUAGAAAAUACAAUCGAAAGGCGGAAGUCUUAAGAACUUUGUUUUUUGGGCCCCUAAGAUCUUAAGUUUUCUCACUUUUGGAGAAGAAAAAAAAUUACCAGACCUCCCCAAUUAGUUCAUUCGCUAUCAAAUUAAGUCUGACACAUUUCGAUUUUUUCUGCCAAAUUGGACUAUUUCUAAGCAUUUUAGAAUAAAGUUUGACUCUUUAGAUUUAUUCUAUUUUUUUCAUACCAUUUUUGAUAUUAGGGUCUUGAAAGGUAAGAA